CUUCAUUCUUUUAAGUCAGAUGUGUUUUUAAUACAGGAAUGUGGCCUACCGUUUUUAAAACAGUACAGACAGUGGGAGGAUAUGUGGCCAAAAUCAUCAAUAUGGAGCGGGUCAAAUCAAAACAAGAACGAUGGAGUGGCCAUUUUAAUAAAAAAUCCUCAAGUUCUGGUGAAGGGCAGCACUGUGGAGAGUGCUUUUAGAUCUGGACCGAGCCAUCUUUUAUUUUCUGUGGGGCUCGAAGUGGGAAAGGCUAAGAAGAGAGAUCAUGAAGAAGCCAAAAGAAAAAGGAGGAAAAGGAGUGCCCGAUCUAUAUCUGUUUUUAGGAAGUAGAUACACAACACUGCACCUCAAAAUAGCUACAGACCCAUCCGGAAACCCCAAGACAAAAGCAAUGACACGAUUCUGGAUGGGAUCUUACCUCAGAAAGAUGAAGUUUUUACCCACAGAUCUCAAAGAGCGGGAACCAGUGAGUCCAGUGCGCGGGCUCGCAUUCGGCGAGCCCUCAACAGUUUGGCGCAACGUCAACCAUUCCGCUCUUCCAAACAGACUCCGGGACCUGUCAUGGAUGGUGGCUCAUGAGAUCCUCCCAGUUAGGUCCGUUAUGCACUCCCGGGGCAUGUCAACGCUCUCAACCUGCCCCCGACCUGGUUGUGGCGCGCCUGAGUCGGUGAGGCAUCUGCUCUGGGAGUGCAGUGCUGCCGUAGACCAGUGGGCAACAGCCGGCUCCUUACAAUUCCCGUACUUGCCAGCAAGGGAGGUCCUCACAGCACAACUAGUGCUCUAUGGGGUGAGCCAAACAGCGAUAAAAAAGAAUGACUUUGCCAAGCAGUGGCUCACCCUAGCUGCCAUCAAAGACGCCAUGUGGACCUCCAGAAACUUGCUGGUAAGAAAGCACAUGCAGAUCCCCCCCGUGGCUGUGAUCCGGAUGGCCGCAGCGACGGCCCAAGCGGCCGGAGCUGCUGGCGGCGGGCCUAGGACACAGCCACAAAGAAGCAUCGCCUCUGUGCCCAUUCGGAGGAAGGAGCCGGAGCUACACGCAAAAAGGUCAAAGCAGCGACGGCCUGGCUCUCCGGGUGAGGCAGGUGGGAAUGAGCAUCAGGGUGAGAGUCUCCUCUGA